GCGACUGCAAGCUUACUCCUACGACACCGGCGGGCGAAGAAGGCAGCGGCGUGGCGAAGCGUGACCUCAAUUUUGCCUUUUUAUAACGUGGCGCAUCAUGUUGGACGACAAGGACCUCAUGGGCAAGAACAGCAAGAUGUCGAGGAAUAGCAAAAUCGCUCUUGUGGCUGUAAUGGGAGCCGCGGCGCUUGUGGCAGGAUACCAACUGUACAAAAAAAAUUCUCCUCCCAAGAAAAGUGAACACAUAUCUACUAAAAGCACAAAACAAAGAAAGAGUGAUGCUCCAUCUACACCAUCUCUUCCUAUAUCAAGCACCAACAAGGAGGAAAGCAAUGACUCCAAAACUAAAGAAUAGAUUUUGAUACCUUAGUGGUGUGCAAUAUAGGAUGUGGACUAGUACCCUUUGUGAUAUUUUAUUUAAUUUCAUCUGCCAUUGGCAGUACAUAUUUUUUAGUUUUUUUGAAUGUGGAUGCAUAUGAUACAUUGUAUUUUACAAAUAUUUUUCUUACUGUAUUUAUGGAUCAGUUAAAGCUAAAUGCUUAACAUUUCCCUUUUUAUUUUUAUGAUAAUUGAAAAGUAUGGAGAGCAGUUUUUUUCAUAUAUAGGAUGAACUUGUGGAUCAUGAAAGUAUAGGCUUAUUUUUAGUGUGAAAAUAUUUCAGAUAACAGUAGGACCUUCAAAAGGAGUGUUUUUAUAUGUAAUUUGUAGCAAAUAUGUAAAGGAUUUUUACUUUGAAUAAUGUCAAGAUGAGUGCUGGUAGAAAAUUGUUUCGUAAAAGGGGGAGGAAGACUUUUGAAGAAGGUUCUCUGGAUGUUUCUGAUGACUUUCAAGAGGCUACCACACACUUCAGGCUUCCAAAAAGACUACUGGUCAGCAAAUCACAAGAGAACCCAAAGAAGAAUAAACCCAAGCAUGAUACACAAGAGGCUUCACUGUCUUGCAGAAAAACAUUAUCAAGUGAGAGAAGUUUGAAUGUUCCUCAGCCUAACUCUGAUCCAGUAAAGCUAGGGAGUGAGACAUUAAAUGAGAAUAGUGACCUUCAAGAAAUUGAAAAAUCAUUGUGUGCUGAGUCUGAAAAGCUGUGUCCUUCAUGCAAGCUGAUUGUGCCUUGUAAUGUGUUCGCUGAUCAUUUUAAAGAAUGCUUACAAAAAUAUAAACUAACUAAAGAUGGACAUGCAAAACAGUUUCAUGUAUCUGGUAGAGAGGAAAAGACAAGUGAACAGGAGAAGCCACAACCAGUACUGCCCUGUCCUGUGUGCAAGAAGGACUUUAAAUCAAGAACUCAACGAAUACUCCACAGUAAGAUGUGUGCCCAGGAGCAUGGAUUAACAUCAGAACAGCUUCUUUUGGCCUCAAGACUACUGGAGAAGCAGUACGAGGAAUGGAAUGAAUUAGGGCUCCCCAUUUCUUUGCAGCCCCGUAGCACAGGACCAAAAGCACGCAGUUCAAAGUCUAACAGAGACCUAAAGGAUCCUGAUAUAGCUAUGGCUGUUGCACUGUCUCGCUCCAUUGCCGACGAGAAAAUGGAAUCCAGGCUUUCAAGAGAGGAAAAGCUGGUUGCUCUGGGUUUGGAAAAUAUUGUUGAAGAGGACAGGAAAGUCAGCCCAUUGUUACUACCACCUCCAGAUUCGGACAAUCGACUGAAGAAAAGGGGAAAGGGCCGAAAAGGACGUUCUCAGCUUCAAAAGACUGUGCUAGCAACACGCUCUGUGGGAGAGAGGGAAAGGAUGAUCAGUGAAAAAGUUGCUGUAAUUCUAACAUCUGAAGACACGUCAAGAAGUGGAUGGCAACAUGGUGAACCUAAAGAAAGGUCUGGAAACCUCACCUCCGUAACAAGCAAGGAGUGUCAACUUUGGGAGAUUGCUAGGGGCAGUGCAGAUGAACCCCUUCAGAGUUUCUAUGUGCGUGAACUAGAGCCAUACAUAGAAGUUAAAGAGGCAACCAUUGGCAACCUUUUGAAGAAACUCUCACAAAUCCCAGGUCGCCUCAAUACAACUGCCCUGCAUGCUUUAGAUGAGGAGUCAGAAUCUGAAUGUGAAAUGGAGGAAGCUACAAGCAUAGAAGAGUUCUGUACUCAGAUGGCCUUAGCUGGACUCCUAGGGUCUCAGGAAGAUUUGGACAUUACGACAGAAAUGGAUUGGGAGGAGACAGCUGAAGGGACGGGAAGUCAGGGCUUCAUCAUAUCCAGUCUUGGAAAUAAAGCCCAAGAUAAUUCAGAUUCUAGUUUCUGUAAAGUAAGUAGAAAUGUUCAUGUAGUGGAAGAUGUGGAAAACAGUCCUGGUGAUCUAACAGAAGUAUACAAUGCUGAAGAAGACUGUGUGACAUUUAAAGAAAACUGUGAUCAUAGAAAUAAGGAAGAAAUACCUCAAACAACAAAGGGAUCUUUAGAAUCGGUCAUAUCAGUUCAACCUCUACUCACUGAAUAUUGUGAAUUGGAAAAGGGAACCUCUCUCUCAGAUAAUAUGAGUUCUGAUUAUCCUGUUAAUUCUGAGGAAAAAAGAGAGACCCAGAAAAUUAAACCGUUCAUUGAUAUUCCUCUAAGCCAAUCUGAAUGUAACAACGAUACAACAAGUAAAGGUUCAUGCAACUUUAUUCACACAAACGCAGAUCUAAAGGAAUGGGAAGGUACGGAGAAACAGCCAAAAUAUAGUUCUUUACUCUCCUCAAAGUAUGGUUUAGAGAAUGUUUCUGUAUCUCCUACAAGCAAGUGUAAUGAAGAUAAAGAUAAAGAUUUGGCAACUUCAGGAAUAAGAUCUAAUAGCAAAAUUUCAACAUCCCUGUUUGGUAGAAAGGAGAGCUACAGUUCUUCAAAGACUGGGAUGGUACCUGAAUAUAAAAUAGUCACAAGUCCUUUAAAAGAGGGAAUACUUGCAAACAAUCAAGUUAGUAAUUUUACAAGUGAGUGUAUGAUACAGACAUUGAUUCAAAACUGGAAUGAUCUUCUGAAGAGUGGCAUAGAAAGCGAUGUCACCAUUGCAACCUUAGAAGGCAUCUUUGUGAAAGCCCAUUCUCUUGUCCUCCUGGCAAGAUGUCCACAACUUUAUAAGGAAAGUAAGGAACAUGGAAAGUUUAUCAAGUGGAAUAAGGUACCACAAAAAGCUGUUCACAAAUUUCUUUCAUACCUUUAUACAGGAACAUGUGAAAUAACAACUCCUGGCGACCCAUUAUGGAUUGAAUUGUAUGAUAUUGGUCUCAAGUAUGACUGCAAAGAACUUGUAUCAUACAUGGAACUUUUAUACAAAGCUAAGAAUAGUCCAGUGAAAAGCAAGAUCCCUGUUGUGCAUCCAGAAAAAGAUAAAGGACCUUUGCUAUUGGAUAAAGAACUUGACAAAGCUACAGAAAAAUCAAGGAAAACACAGGUCAAAUGCUUGGAAAAAAAAUCAAGAAAUGAAAGAAAUUUAAUGUAUUCAAAAAGUAAUUCAGUUUCAUCUAUGGCUGUGGAUGCAGACAAAACUUUCAAUGUUGAAUUGAAAUGUACUAACCAUAAUGAUGAAAAAGAUCAUAAACAAAAUGAAAGUUCUUAUGCAAACAAAAUCUUGCAAGUUUGCCAAAAAUCUGUCCAUGAGAAACAAGACAAAAUUGAAUGUCUUGUGGAAUUUCAGAGAGAACAGUCACCAGAUUUAUUUGAUGACUCUCCAUGCUCUGAGAAAAGUUUUGUAAUUUCACCAGUACUGAAUUCACCUCCACUAAAAGUCAUCCCACACUACUCUUCUAGUAUGGAAAUUGACCAACUAGAACCAGAAGAAUCAAAAGGGGUUUCAAAUGUACCACCCAAAACAACCUCUCCAUGUAAAUCAGUUUCAUCAUUGGGAGACAGAGAAAACAUGGAGAUUUUUUCCGAUUCUCCACUGAAAGGUGACUCAGAUAUCCCAGAUGUGAGGUCAGUUGAUACAGAGUCCAAAGCAAAGUCUUCUCUGCCACCAGCACAUGAUAAAUGUAAGAUAGGUGAUGAUGAUAAUGAUGUCAUUGACUUAACACAAAGUGGCUCAAAGAGCAAUUCGGAAGAAUGUGUGUUAGAUCUUCCUAGUGUUAGUAAGUGCCAAGCAGAGACUGAACAGCACAGUUAUAUGGACAAGGUGGGCAGUAUGGAGGAUAGAAAUGAAGACCAUGAGUCAGCAAGUGACACAUUACACAAUCAUUACAUUAGUAAUAUCUGGGAUGACUUUGAUGCAAAUUCUUCCAUAACAAUCGCUGAAGAGCUACAUUCCACCUCUGAUAAACUGUCAGCCAAUAAUAAAAGUAGUAUUAAUGGACCUGAUUUACAUCUCUCAAUUGAUGCACAGUCCAGUAGCCAUGGAAGAGAACCCACAUAUUUUGCUAAUUAUGAGGAUCAUCAGAAAGACAAAUACAGUGACAAAGAAGUACCAACUAAAGAGACCAAAUUUGAUGUAUCUCCUGAAGCCAUUAGAGAAACCAGUUUUGUGGAAUUCCUAGAGGAACAUUCUGGUGAUGAAAUUUUUGCAAAUGCAGCAGCAGAAAUUGAAAAGCUCGAUGCUGUCAGUGAAUCAAGACUUAAGACAAAGUCUACGUCAUCAACAUCUGCCCAUCCAUCUUAUUCACUUGCUUCAACACCUCAUCAGAAUCGCAAUGCCAAAAUGAAUAGAGUUACUCCGAGGCCAGAUUACAGCAAGAUGAAGUCACCUGAACUGAAGAAAGAGUUGCAGAAGUUUGGCAUAUGUGCCCUGGGGCGCAGAAAAGCAGUGGCAGUGCUACAGCACGUAUAUGAACAGACUCAUCCUCUAGUUACUGACAGUGAGGCAGAAUCCAGCUUCUCCCAAACUCCUUUGAAAAAUUCUGGUGGACCAAAAUUACAGAAGAUUCAAGUGAGAAAAAGUAGAAAAUGUGGGUCUUCACCAGAAAUGCAAAACUCAGAGAAGUAUAACCUUGUGGAAAAAGAGAUUGAGAUUGAUUGUGAUAAAGCAGUGCAUGAGAGUGAAAGCGACCCAGAGGAAGAGGAGGAUGGUCUCCUGAAUUCUUCAUUGACAUCUACUAGCAGCUCUGGAGGUUCAGAUGGAGGCAUCUUUGGAGAUGUUGCUUCACCAGAUGCAGAUGAGGACAUUCUUUCUUCUACACAACAAGCUGGCCUUAUAAAUCAGGUGCAGGAAAUCCUCACUAGCAGAACUGACCUGCAUAGAAAAGUGCUGUUGUAUGAGCCAAUCUUUGUGGAGGACCUGCAUGCCAUUCUUAAAGCUAACAGAAUAAGGUGCAGCAUGCAAGCUUUACUGGAUGUUUUAGAUGAAUUGUGUGUCAUUGUACGAACACAAGCCAAUCAGAAGAAUAGAGGUCGAACGAAAUCAUCAAAGAAAAGAAGAAUAAAUUCACCCCAAAAAAGCACCCAGUUAGAGGCUACAUAGUUUUCACCCAAAAGUACUUAUCUACAAGUGAGAAGCCAGCUGUCACACAUAUUAGCUGGCACUAGAAAUAUUUGUUUUAACCUUAAAAUGAAGAUUGCAUUUUUUGUCCAAAUCUUUCUAACCCAACUACUUAACAUAGGUUCUAUAUUUGGAAGCAAAUGAGUAUUUGAUACUAGAAGCUUUUAUAACAUCUCAGUUGUAAGUGUGAUGGUGGCGUAAAGAUCUAUGAAACAAUUACAGCAAGGUACUCUACAAUAUCACUGAUCUAUUCUAAAGGGUCCAACACUAUGCAGAACUUUAAUGAAGAGAUUUUCUACUCUCUUUUUAUUGAAACACACGAGAAAUUAAUCACAAAGAGAGGGUAUUCCUUGGCUACCUGGGAUUGAACCCGCGACCAGUGUGACGGGAGAGCCACUCCUUACCGAGUCAGCCAAAGAGGUACCCCAUUCGCUGAAUGGGUUAUGGGAGGCUCGUUCAUCAGGCCGUCACCGCACUACAGAACAACAUUGUACAAACUGAAGGGGUCUUAUAGGGGAAAAUUUCAUUGGGACCUCCCUACCCUUAAAAACCCUAACUAACUUGAAAUGAAGUAAAUAAAAUAUGAAAAUGC